AUGUGUCUGGAGCUAGUGUCUGAGGAGGAGCUGGUACACGCGCUUGAAUUCUGCGGGAUCACGCCGGCGAAGAAUCCCACGGACCUAUCACGUGACAGCGUCGCGCGGCUAGUUAGCAUUAUGAAGACUCCUAUUCUUCGCGACACACCAGAGCUGGUGUUUUCCUCGGUUCAGGACCUGCUUGGGAUUGCUGGGCUUAGUCAUAAGGAGCGCGUACUGGACACUGCAUGUAGCGAUCAGGACUCAAUCCGCUUUGUUCUCGCUGCCAACUUCUCCGCGGUUGCGCUUUACGCAUUUGCGCAGGAUACCAAGAAGCACGCACACUUUAAGUCUGAAAACGUGAUUAACGCACUGGUCUAUCUGAUAACUAACGGGCAACCAUUCGGACAGUUUUAUGCUAUUCAGACCCUGGUGACUCUUCUGCGGUCCCCCAGCGCAAGCGACAGAACAUACUUCACGCAGAUGUGUAUGGAUUCAGCUCUGCUAUCAGCAUUAGUAGACUGUACACACAGCCUUGACUAUGACUGGCAGCUGGAUGCCUCUGCAGUUCUCAUUGAAGUUCUCUUCAACAAUGUAAGUGGCGGCGUCUGUCUCUUUGAAACAACAGAUCCCACUGGACGAGUCCUCCCUGUGCGCCCACACCCAACGGUGCAGCUGGUCAACGAAGCCCACCAGCGCAAACAGAAGCCUCAGGUGGAGCUCGAUCAAGAGGACUCUCCAGUGCUGCACUUCAACCACAAGACUGCACUCGCCAUCCUCAUCUACCUUGUGAGAAAACUUCACAACAGUCUCUGGUGCAGCCAGCCCUUUGUUCCAGACAAUCUGAGCGGUGUCUCUGGCGCCCAUGAAGAAAGCUUUGUGCAAGUUACGCGGGCGAUCAUUGCUGUCCUCCGCUUCCCAAGUAUCAGAGAGUGUAUGGACGAGGCUCGCGUGUUGUGCACAAUAGCUUCAAUCUUUGCAGCGCAAGACAGUGCAACCAUCGCGCCUUCGCACGAGUGUUUGUAUCUACUGCUGGAGGUAGUUAUUCUGUGCAUGACCCCGUUGUCUUCAGACAUUAUGUCUGUGCGCAACCAAGUGUUUUUAGAAAACGCGGACCUCGGCGCGCUCUUGAGGUUGGACUUCUUUUGCAUUUUGGCUCGCCUGCUGCUUAACACUGAGCUGCUGUCUCCUGAGAUGACGAAGCGCCUAUUAAUUUGCUUUGCACUAAUAUCCCGUAACUCGACAUAUAGGAUGAAUUGUUUAAACUCCCUCACCUCUACUUCGGAUGCGGAAGGAGUAUCUAUCUUUGCGAUCCUUUCCCGCCUCUUGGAUGACCCUGUCUAUGGCGCUGACGUCACCAUAGUCCAUCUUCUUCUAACCAUACUCUCAGGGUUUUGUACUAAUAGGCAGUUUAGGCAAGCGUUCUAUUCUAACACAGCGCUGAUAGGACAGGUCGUUAAAGCACUUCGGCAGACCUUGUCUUCAGCAAUCGAUCUCCUCCCUGUUAUCACAGAACCGUCAGCCGCUGAGAAAGAGCGUGUUCUUUCUUCGCAGUACGUUAUGUCCGUGCUAACUGCAGCUAUGAACGAAAGCUCGGCAGAUGAUGAUGCCAAGGACGAGAGUAGCAGCCUGAUGACGAGCCUGCGGGCGAGCAGCAUGACCGGAAGUCUUGGUGAGAGUCUUCGAGAGAGCUUACUCGGAGCCAGCGAGCUUAAAAGUACCGAUGUGCAUUUCACAAACAAUGUCCACAUGAAACACUCUCAUAUCUUCGACACCAAGAGUUCUCGUCGAGCAGCAAUUGACUUGGGAAAGAGCAUCCACUUUCAUGCAGACGGAGACUUCAGGGCAAACACUGCUGUGACGCUCAACCUUGCCCCUGUGUCUUCUCACAUGAAGGUCUUUUUCGCCGCCUCCGAGCUUAUCUCAACUAUCUGCGUAGAUUACGGGAUCUUAAUAGACUUCACUCAGGUUAACUUCUACAAUCCACGGUCGUCCUCAAACAGUGCUCUUGGAGAGUAUGCGAAGGUGCUUCUCAAUUCAUUCUUCCCGUACUUCAUUGAGCUCUCUGAGUUUCUGCGCAGCCUCGUCACGUUUAGCCCAGCCUUUAUAUUAGAGCCUAUUAUGGAGGUUGUACUGGGCGCGCUCUACGAGAUUAGCCAGCUGGAUCUUGCCCUCGUUCCCUUUCUUUCUGGUCAGACGGACAUUGUGCUUCUGAGAAAUAAGUUCCGUCUUUGCACACGUAGAAGGAUGCCUGUGCUGACACCACUGGAGGUGCGUGCCCUCCGGUGCCUUAUUCUUUUUGUAAGGAACUCCCGCAUAGUCUCACUUUCUUUGUUUACAUGUGCGCUUCUUCGCAAGGCAGAUUGUUGCAGCGACACCCUAAGCACUGAAGAAACUACCUUUAAUGUAUUCUUCGCUGUAAAGCAUGCACAGGCAUACAUGGAUCGUCUAAAGUAUAUUCACUUUGGAGAUUCAGCUCACAGUCAAGUGGGGCCUGGACAGGACUGGACGGUUCUCAGAAAGGCCGCAACAGGCCCUAUCUGCGACAUUGCUACAGAGGCAAGUACACUUCUCGCCCUGAUGACUGCUGAAACGCCUGAUGCUGUCUCUGCUGAAGCGGCAGCUGCUACCCUCAACCUAUGGAACUGCCUGUUUGUAACUAAUCCCAAUGAGAUGGAGUUUGUCUUCAAUAGCAUCGCGUACAUGUUGAAGGAGUGGCCAAAAGACAGGCGAGGCAGUCUGCGCAGACAGCUAGGGUGUCACAGUCUGGAGAAGCUUGUAGACGAUAUUUGGGGAAGGCGUACAUCAUAG